UGAAUUUACAUUCCCUGAUAAAACUGCUUCUAGUGAACAUAAAUUACCAAACUAACGAUGGAUGACGAAAUCAAAACCGAAAUUUUCAAGUGUAUCGAGGAAUCCAAGAAAACCGAAAAUUUAUCCGGCUUGAAGAUAGAUUUAACUGGUACAAACGAAAAGGGUGAAGGAUACAUUGCAGACUUCGUUUUCGCUACAGUCAGCGGUACCGAUGAGAAUAACCAGCUCCAAGUAGAUCAUUUGGCCAUCAAGAUGGGCAAGAGAAGCAAAGAAUUGAGAGAGAAAAUGCCGGCUAUAAUGGAGAUGUACAAAAGAGAAGAAUUGUUUUACGAGAAAGUGCUCCCCACAUUUCUGGAGUUCCAGUUGGAGAAAAAAGUGGAGAAUCCCUUCAAUGCAGUUCCUAAAUGCUUGAAUGUACACUCUACUGAUGUCCUGACUGCACUGGUUUUUGAGAAUUUAAAGAAAUGCGGGUAUUCAUUGCAUGACAAGAGACAACCAAUGAACCUGCAACAUAUUCGACUCGUUUUGAAAAACUACGCAAAACUGCACGCCCUAUCUUUUGCAUUGCGUGACCAGGAAAAAGAAAAAUUCGACGAGUUGACUAGCUGGUAUUACUCAGUUCUGAAAAAAAUGGUGAUAGGGAUGAAUAUGUCUGAAAAAAGUGACACAGUACCAAAAAAAUUGAGAGAAGCUGGAAGAGACGACUUGGCAGCGAAAUACGAAGACCAAAUGGAGACUGGCAGAGAAAACGUUUUGUUGAAAUGUCUUGAUGACGUUCCCAAGGAGAGUGUCAUAACGCAUGGAGACUGUCACAACAAUAAUUUUCUUUUCAAGUAUGAGGAUGGAGACAAGGAAAAUCCAGUCAAAGUUGCCAUCCUCGACUGGCAAGUUUCUGAACUUCACUCUCCAGUAAUGGAUCUAUCCUAUUUCCUAUACGCUACUGCUUCCAAAGAAGAACUAGCUCAACUAGAUGUUCUGCUCAAGUACUACCACGCAAACUUAUCAGACUUUAUGGAAGCGUUAGGAUCGGAUGCUGGAAAAUUGUUUCCUUACGACACGUUAGUGGAACAUUGGAAAAAAUAUUCAGUUUUUCAAUUCAGAUUAACAACAGGUUUUCUGAAAUUACUAUAUGUUGAUAAAGAUGACGCCCCGUCGAUCGAGGAUGUCAAAGGAGACGGUGAUAUGGAUGAAAUAUUCCGUGAAAUGAAACUAACUGAUGAAAAUUUGUAUACAGAUAGAUUGAUAUCAAUCGUUGACCACUAUUUUAAUUUCUUGCUGGCUUAAAUGUACGCGUCAGAGAAAAAUAUAUUCUUUGGUCAAU